GAAGGGGGAACCAGCGGUGCACUUCGAGGUACACUGUCUCCGCGUCUGUAGUGUGUCCGACGAUCGUACGUUCUUUGUUGUAUCAAUUCGACGUCACCCUCUCGUCGCCAGCGAAAUCGGCGGCUCCAGAACACCUCCGGAGAACCUACAGUUCCUUACUUCACCGUGAAACAUAUCGAAGUCCAAGAUGAGGCUCCGUAUUGUUACAUUGGUCGCUCUUUGCUUGAUCGCCGCAUGCAACUGUGCCGAAGAGGAAUACGAGUACGAUGACGAGCCAGCACCAGCCCCAGUGGCUCCAGUAACUCAGGCGCCUUCGAGGAACGCAGGACGUCUGGCUCUCUUGACCAGAGGACGAGGUCCAGUCGGAAGGAAACCUGCAUCGACCACCACAACUACCGCCAAGCCCGUUGAAGAACCCGUCGAAGAACUGGGAGGUGGUGAAGAGUACGAUGCGGAGAGUGAAGAGGCGGAAGAGGAAGUCCAGACCACGACGACCGAAGCCCCGAAGAAGAUUCGAGGAGGAGUCAGGCCCUUCAGAUCCAAUGAGGACCUUCUCGCCGCUCUGAAGAGGAGAAGAGCCCAGGUUGUUAACACCAACAGCAUUCGUGACUCUCCCACGACAGAGGCCGCUGAACCAACAACUCCACGACCAAAGUCAAUUUCGUCGAACAACAGUCGAAGCCGAGGUGGCCAAGCGGCGGACAGUGCAUCAAGAUCAAAUCGAGGCAGAUUUGGAGCCACACGAGGCACUGCCAAGCCCGUGCAGGAAGAGGUUGAGGAAGAAACCCAGCGGGAAGAAGUUCAAGUGAAGCCUAAGCCGUUCCGCAGAGGUUAAAAACGCGUGCAAGCAGCGUAUUCCGCUGCUAAAAUCAAUUCGCCAAUAACGAAGACAGAAGUUUGAAGCGAAGAAGUCAGCCCCAAAGUGCUGGUGGGGUGAUGGCUUGACUGAAGCCUCUACAUUUCUCUUUUUUUACAAU